AGGCGUGCGCGUAGCAGAUGACUAAUCGCCAUUGCAGAAUCACAGAGAAUCUUUUCAGUAGGAAACGCAGAGUUGAAUACAGUUGCUACUGAAAAAUGUUCUCGAGACACGUAAGGAGUUUCGUAACCAGUGCAAUAAGGCGCUCUGAACACCCACCAGAGCCUGGCUUAUUCGUUCCCUUCUCGCUCAAAAAUAAAUAUAAGAUAACUGCAAUUUUCAUUAUAUUCUUUGGAAGUGGAUUCGCUGCACCAUUCGUGAUCCUUCGUCACCAGAUGUUGAAGUAGUUAUACGUUGCAGUAUUUAUGUUAGGAAGUUCCUGUACUCCGGUACCAUAAGAAACGAUGUAAGGUAUUAAGAGUAAAGGGCUAUUAAAAUAAAAAGAUUUAAUAAAAAUCUCUUUGUAUAUGUAUAUA